GGUAUCAGUAUCCUCCCCCUGGUAUGUGCUAUAGAAUUUAUGGGGCUGUGCCUGGUAAUGUGACGCUAGUGAGAGUGUGGACUCUGGACGACUGAUUUUUAUGGUGGCAGAACAAUGUUUUCAUUUGAGACUGAGCAGAGCACAUGGAGCAUGGCAACUCCUCCACAGCUAUGUGAUCUCAACGUAAAGGUUGAAACAGAGGACGCCAGUAAACCUCGUUGCCUGCUUGACAUGACAGUUCUCCAGUAACAGAAAUAGCAGAGUCCAGAUAGUGAAGGGCUGCACAGGGAUGGAGGUGGAGGAAAGUUUGUCAGAGAAAGUGGAGGGAGAAGAUGGAUUUUCUUUCCACCCCCAGCGAGAGAAGAGGAGCACAAGGCCUGAGCUCACACCACCCAAAUUCUUCAGACACCAACGAAAAAGACAGCACCAAGAUAACAAACGGAGUCGGGGCUUUCUUGCACAGGAUGGCAACAAAUUCCCUCUGCUUGACUUUAUAGACCAUAUCCAGGCCCAGGUAGCAGUGGAAGAACAUUUCAGUAAGCACUUCACCUUCAAAAAGAUGUCAGAAAUGGGAGGAAAUGAUGCUUGGAAACUUCCUGCAGCAGAAACUAUGUAUACACAGUCAACUUGGCAGGAUGAAGAGCUCCAGGCUAUGAAGGUAACACUAAAUAAGACUAAGGAGCAGCUUAGUGACAAAGAUAUAGAAGUAUGGCACUCACACACCAAUAACACCAACCCCACUCAGAAGGUUUCGUAUGCCAUCAGAUGUCGUGCUCAGCCAGAAAUGGUUACACAAGCCUGGUUAAAGUUUUACGAGAUAGUCAACAAAUACCCAACCGUUCCAGUGGAUGUAGAGACUAAGGAAUCAGAGAAUAGUUUUGAUGCAGGAGAUCAAGGCCAGAGUGCCCACUCAGACGAAGGUAGCACACACUUCAACUCUGUGCACUUGUGUGAGGCACCAGGGGCAUUUAUCUUGGCACUCAAUCACUACUUAGCACUAAAUAGAUCAACCCUCAAGUGGCAAUGGUUGGGCAACACACUGAAUCCAUAUUAUGAAGGUACACCACUAGACCAGUGCAUAACUGAGGAUCGCUUCAUCUAUCUCACAUUAAAGAAAUGGUCAUUUGGCAGAGACAACACUGGAGAUAUUAUGGUAUGGGAUAACUUGUGCAGUAUUGUGAAGGACGCACAAUGUCUUGGACCAAUCCAUUUGGUGACUGCAGAUGGGAGCUUUGAUUGUCAGGCUAAUCCAUCUGAGCAGGAGAAGAUGACUCAUUCCUUACAUUUGUGUGAGAUUGUUGCAGCAAUGCAUUUAUUGGCUCCUGGAGGAUCAUUGGUAGUUAAGAAAUUUACUCUUUUUGAAAGUGACACAGUAGCACUUUUGUAUUUGUUAUGUUGUGUUUUUGAACAUGUUCACCUGUAUAAACCUGGGACUAGUAAGCAGGGCAACUCUGAGGUUUAUGCCAUUGCCUUAAAUUAUUGUGGCAAGGACAAAUGUAGUGAACACCUAAAUAAAUUGUCCGAAGUUUAUGGUCCAAAUGUUCAUCCAAAAUCAAUGUUUGCACUAGAUGACAUACCUAAGGAAUUUAUACAUCAAAUGAGAGUGUGUGCUGACAUGUUUAUGCAGCAUCAGAUCACUACAAUAAAGCGUAACAUAGCUUUAUUUCCAAAUAUGCCAGAGAAGGACAAACAAUAUAAUGAAUUACUCAAAGUCAAAGCAACCACUUUGUUUUUUGAACGAAAUUACUGUGUGCCAAUACCAAUGGAUAAAACAAUUACAGACGGUAAUGUCAACAAAUCUCGACACCUUUUAGAAAGUGACUGGAACAAAACUGGGAGUGCAAUGCUUAUGAGAAAUAAUUGUGUAAGGUCUAAACUGGAAAUACUUCAUCUGUUUUUAAAUAGCUGUAUAAACGAUUACUCAUGUGUAAGAUCCGAUAAUGAUUUAAAAGGAAUUAGAACUGUACAAGCUUCUGCAAGUUUUGUAUCACCACUCCUGGAGAAGAUAGAGUUUGAAAAAAUACGAGGAAAACCUUUUCAUUUUAUUGAUUCUUCAAAAUUUUGUUCAGUGAGAGUAAUCAGGAUAUAUGGGGAACUUCAUCGUAUCUGCCUGAAAUCGAGUAGUAGUGGCAUGAUCAAAUGUGAUGAAAGCUUGUUGGACUCAGUCCUCUGUCAGCAUCCUGGUUCCCAAGUGUUAAGGGGUGAGGUACUGACUGGUCCACAUUCAGGUGUAUUGGCACUGGAGCAAGCUUUAGUCUUGUUAGAGAAGGGAGAAGUUUGUGCAGGUGGGUCAGUAGUGUUGAUUAAUGCUCCUCUUCUCUCUAGGCUCCAGUAUGGCUUGCUCUUCGUCUUAGCAUCUGCAUUCAAACAAGUGAAAAUUUACACUAGCCCAGAAGUUGGGAAACAGUUGCCAGUACUUGUGCUGGAGGGCUUACAGUCAUUAAGCCUAGGGGAGGCUGUAGUACAUGCACUUCACCAUGCUGGCUGGAGCCCUGAUGGAGGGUCAGGAGGAGUGCAGGGCUUCCUACAAAUAGUUACUUUACAAAGUCUCAUGCAGUAUGAGCCACUCCAAGCUAUCUUUCAUUAUAACAUUCAUCAUAGCAUUCAUCAUGCCUUGGCUUUUUAUAAGGUUGCAAUGAUGCAUCUAAACCAGUGAUUUUUGCUUUGAAAAACAUCCAGAGUAAAAAGAUACCAAAUAAUUGAGUUCUAGUAUGUAUAUCUGGUAUUUAGUUUCAUGUGACAUUAGUUUGCAUAGUGCUUUUGUUUCUCUGGAUAUUUCUGGAGUUAAGUCACACUGAAAAUAACUUGGGUUAAAAGCCACAUUGGAAAUCACAUUGUGGUAUACUGUGUAAGAGUUAACAGACAAGAUUAAAGUAGUCCCAAAUAACAGUGGUUAUUUUUCUGAGAAUGGUGCGUUACAUGAAAUUGUGUUAUGCAGGCUAAAGAACAUAUGGGAAAAAUAGUUAUGUUCCUGACAUUUGGGAUAAAAAAGUUAAGUUUUAAAAUUCUCGUAAUUCUAAACAAAUAAAAAUGUUUUUCUAACUUUCUAGGUGGCUGUAAUGAGGUGUAUAUACUAUAAUUAAAAUAUAGUACAGUACUUGUAGCUAAAAGGAUAUGUAAAAAUUUCUUUUCCUUAAAUUCUGGUUGCUGCUGGAGACUGAUGAUUUUUUAAAACACGUGAGGAAGGUUGGCUGAGGUGGAUAGCUCCAGCUAUGUAGAGAAGUUCCCAGCAGCAGCAUUGUCAACAGAUGCACUUUUCUCACUAAAUUUAACAUUAGGCACCCAACUGUGCACCUUAAACUGGCUCUAUCAGCUGGAAUUAAAACAAACACUUUUGUUCAGGCUUUCUUUUCUGCUUAUACACUUCCAUAAUACAAUAACGACUUUUUACCCUGAUCAUAAGGGUAUUCAGGUGUUGCAAGCUGCUCCAUGUACCAUCCUCAGCUCAGCUUGUCUUUUAUGUUUACAUACCUAUUCUCCCUAUUUAGUUUGCUCAAUUGUCUACCUAAGUUUUUCAUCCUUAGCAUUAUAUUGUUAUAGGGAAGCACCCAGGAAUGGGAGGUAAUUAUCAUUACCUUCAUGGGUAGUACUAAACCCAUAGGGAGCAGACAGCUCUUCCAAAAUAGAAGGUAAUCAGGUUUGAUUGGAACAAGAGAAAGGUAGUUCAAGUAUCUCGGAUCGAGAGCUGUUAAGCCUCAAGAAACCCCUUUUUUCAUUGAAAAGUUUAGCAUCACUCUUGUAUUUAACCUAUACUAUAAGGUACAGCUGCCUUUUAUAUAUUCAGGGGGCAUUUUUUGCUCUAGUUUCUUUUCUUAUUAUCUCAGUUUUCUUGAAUGCUUUUCAGUGUCUUGACUUUAUAAAUUUAUAUUUUGUUAAUAUUACAUAUUAUAUUAACUGUUUAUAAUUUUUUACACUAUCUUUUAUUUGGGCAGCCUUGGUCCUGGUGAGGGUUCUGAACCCAAGGAUUUUAAGCUACUUUCCCUUUCUUUAGAUCAAACUUGAUACCUCCUCUACCUCAGGCACUGUCUGAUACUCACAGGUUUAGUGUUAACAUGUGAAUGGUUACAGGGUAUUUACAAAUGUUAAUAUAUUAACACUAAUACUAAAGUGUAUUGUAGUCAUACCAUGAAUUUCUAUUUGCAGUUGGGUACCAUAUUUUAUCCUUUAAUGAACAACAGCAUUUAUGUAAGCACAGUAAUCACUUUUUUUUUUUUUUUUUUUUUUAAUUUACAAUACAUAUUUUUCAUGAUUAGUGUGUGUAAGGUGGCUUUUAUCGCGAAAAUGAACUAUGCAAGAGAUAUUUCAUACAGUCUACAAUCUGUUUUUAUGUAAAUCAAUGAUAGAAUAUACUUACAAGUAUGUAAGACACAAUAUGUGGUUUAUAUCAUUUUCUUGAGAUGAUAUUUUGUCCACCAAGGACUUAUCAAUUCUCAUAGACCAGUAAACAGAGCAUAUACAUACCUGUAAAGUGAAAAGGCUUGAGGUGAAGAUAGACUUGGGUGGGUGAUGUCACCUGUUGUAAUGUGACAGAGCCAAUGGGAGUUACUGAAUGCUUAAAUAUUAGGUUGUACAAUACACAAAUAACCCACACAUAGACGAGAGGAGCUUAGGACGAUGUUUCGGUCCAAUUUGGACCAUUUACAAAGUCACACUGGGUUAUUUAUGUAUCGUUCCAGUCAUGGUAUUGUGCCUUUUUUUUUAUUAGGUUGUGCAAGUAGUGCCUCCUUGCAUAUACCAGUAGUACAUUUAUCAAAAACUAGGGACACAGUUUAGCUACCUUCAUAAAUUUACAUUACGCACAGUUUCGAGGGUUAAAUUAAUAUCAACACUGAAAGUUUCAUGCAUUUAUUUUAUAAAUUAACAUCAUGAAGAUAAUACGUAUAUUAAUUUUUUUUCUACUUCUGUACCAGGUCAAUGACAGGAAAAAGUACCAAUAGUUAAUGAUAUGAAUAUAUACAGGUUUAUAUUUAUGUAUAAAAUAAAAAUUUUGCAACUAAA